AAAACCGGCUGCCGGCACCCAGUCGGCACCUCAUUCAUUUCUGCCGGCCUCCGGUUGCGUAGCUCCGGCGCUUGUCAUCGUAGUCCCUCCGCCGCUGCCGCCCCCGAAAGGCUUCGCUAACGCAGAGGCCACUUCCAGCGAUUCGUCGCACCCGAUUCUCUUCACUUUGUUCCUCGCCAACCGCAACCAUUGACGCCAUGUCGAGUUACUCGAGCGACCGGGACCGCGGCCGGGAUCGAGGGUUUGGGGCACCUCGAUUUGGAGGGAGUAGAGCAGGUCCUCUGUCUGGAAAGAAAUUUGGAAAUCCUGGUGAAAAACUAGUAAAAAAGAAGUGGAAUCUUGAUGAACUGCCGAAAUUUGAGAAGAAUUUUUAUCAAGAACACCCAGAUUUGGCUCGUCGCACAGCACAAGAGGUGGAAACAUACAGAAGAAGCAAGGAAAUUACAGUUAGAGGUCACAACUGUCCAAAGCCAGUUUUGAAUUUCUAUGAAGCAAACUUCCCUGCAAAUGUCAUGGAUGUAAUUGCAAGGCAGAACUUUACUGAACCCACUGCUAUUCAAGCUCAGGGAUGGCCAGUUGCUCUAAGUGGAUUGGAUAUGGUUGGAGUGGCCCAGACUGGAUCUGGGAAGACACUGUCUUACUUAUUGCCUGCCAUCGUCCACAUCAAUCAUCAGCCAUUCCUAGAGAGAGGUGAUGGGCCUAUUUGUUUGGUGCUGGCACCAACUCGGGAACUGGCCCAGCAGGUGCAGCAAGUAGCUGCUGAAUACUGCAGAGCUUGUCGUUUAAAGUCUACUUUUUGUCUUAUAUUAUCUAGGCUUAUUCGUCUAAUGGAAGAGAUCAUGAGUGAGAAGGAGAAUAAAACCAUUGUUUUCGUUGAAACAAAAAGAAGAUGUGAUGAGCUUACCAGAAAAAUGAGGAGAGAUGGGUGGCCUGCCAUGGGUAUCCAUGGUGACAAGAGUCAACAGGAACGUGACUGGGUUCUAAAUGAAUUCAAACACGGAAAAGCUCCUAUUCUGAUUGCUACAGAUGUGGCCUCCAGAGGGCUAGGUUAGUACACUCACAUUCAUGGCUUGGUUUCCGAGAAGAUCUCCAUGUAGUUUUUUAAAGAAAGUCUAUUGCUUUCUUUAACCUCUGCAUUUUUUCUAAGUUUUUUUUUGCAUAAAGGUGCAGUCUUUGUGGCAAGGCCUAGGCAUGACAAUCGGAGGACUCGAGGGGGAUGGAGGACUAGUGAUCGGCUGGCUGCUUCCAGUCGAUUAGAGAGGUGAAAGCUGACCGUGUGCCAGUAAUCUUCAAAGGGCAGAACAUACCACCUCUGCCCUGUAAACUGUUCUCUCCGGGGGGGAAAUGGAAGUUACCCUCACAGUUCACUGCCGUGGUAUUUCUUCUGUCCCAUGCUUUGCAUGAUUGCCAUGGUACAGCGUUGUUUCAAACUGUUCACUGUGAUCUGUGGGUCUUUGAGUUUCAGUGAGUUUGCUGAAAUGUUGAAGAAAUAUUUCCAAACUUCAAUGUUCAAUGAAAUUUUUGUUCAAGUUUGAAAUGGAGAGAGCAGCUUUAAAAGGUACUAAGCCUUUUACAAAUUGGUGAGUACUGGCACAUGAGACCUAGAGCAGGAGCAACUUCUCACACUUAAGUCAGUGGGAAAAGCAGUGCUUUGAAAGUUCCUCCCUCAGCCUACACAGUAGUCGUCAUGUCGAGACCUGCCAGAGAGAGACACAUUCUCAAGUGAAUCCUGGCUUCUUGGAAGCGCUUGCCUAGACGAGACACUGCAUAAAAACAACUUUUGGGGGACAGGUAUGUUUUUCUUGCAGCUGCGGUUUUAAGGUCUUGGCAAGACAAGCAGUGUGGCCAGCAUUUUGAACUUCUGAUGAGUAUGUGAUGCAAAGGACCUUAUACAUUUAAUGGUCCUCAAAAUGAGCACAUGAAGAGGUUGCUGUGAAACUUAAAGUGGCCCUACUGCGCAGAAGCAUUCAGAUGUCACUUGAUGAUCUGUGAAGGGGACUUGUUCAUUCGGGAAUCUGCUAGGGAGAAUACACAUUCCUUUUGGCAGGCUCCAUCACUGGGUGGGUAAUGACAACACAGAUGACAUGUGCUUUUUCUUUUUUUCCCCCCUUUUAUUUUUCUUUUUUCAACUUAAAUGGUAUUCCUACAGGGAAUGGAUAACCAUUUUAACUGUAUUUUUUGCAGCCCGUACCUUCUUGGGAAUACAAUUGUCUAACUUUUUAUUUUUGGUCUGGCUG